AUGGCUUCGGACCUCGUCACGUACGUCUCGAAGCUUCUGCCAAGCGCCACGCUUCCCGAUCUAUCACUAGAAAUUAAGAAAAAAGACUUUAGUUCCGUCCUAGCAAAUGUGAUCCCUCAAUUGCCUCAAUUGCUGACGUUAGACGCCGAGAAUGACGUCGAAGGUGCCUUCUCCCUCCUAUUUGAUGUCAUCCUGCAGAUUUCCAAGCCGGAGACCGAGUUUCUACAGAUUCUACAGGUCGUACAAGAUACGAGCAAAGCCAGUCCUGUUUUACGUCUUCGUGUUAUUGCUACAUUGUUCAAUAAGGCCAAAACGCUGCCCAAAGUGCAGCUACAGGCGCUUUUGAACCUCCUGACGCUUGCAUUGAGCUCCGACAAUGUCAAUCUAGUCGUCCCUUACUUAACACAAGCAGAAACUCUAUUGGACACGCGGAAAUUGAGUGUCGAAGACCGUCGUGGUCUUUUAUUGGCGGUAGCUAAUGUACUCGACCAGAGUGAGGAUAAACUAAAGGUACUCAUUGUGCUGGAAAAGUACUUGGCUACAUACGAAACAGGACAAAUAGACAAGGAACAAGCUCUGCGUGCAUCCAAAAUUGUGCUACAGAAUCCUGUGGCUAGUUUUUUAGCCCGUGUGGACUUGGCUGGACUAGCAGUCGUGGAAACCUCGUUGAAGGGUGAUGAGAUCAUGGAGUUGCUGGAAAUUGUAUCGACCAAGACGCUAAAGGAGUUUGCUGCUUUUCAAAAGAGUGCUAAUGGUGUGUUUACGGAGAACGGGCUGCAAGAGGCUGAAUUGGUGGAUACGAUGCGUCUAUUUACGCUGUGCUCAUUGCCAACGGGCUUUCAGGAAAUAUCUUAUACUGACGUGGCCACGGCUCUGGAUGUGAAAGAGGAGAAUGUGGAGGAGUGGGUUGUGCGCGCAAUCACGGCUGGACUUGUGAAUGCAAAGAUUGACCAGCUUGCCCGUACGGUGACCAUUUCAUCCUCGCUGCACCGUCGUUUCGGAAUCGAGCAGUGGAAAGAAAUGGACGCGAAACUUCAAUUGUAUAAGAAGAACGUCGGUGGUUUGCUGGAUAUUAUCAGUAACGCACGUCGUGCUCAGGAGCAGCAGUAA